AUCGUAACAAAUGUCACUACAAAUUCAUAGAUGACAUUUCUUUGAAUGACCGUCGCUGAACAUACUUCAAUAAUUCAUUCUAAGAGAGUAAUCAAAAUAAAAAAGUUUUUAUUGUGUAUAUUGCUAUAUUGGUAUAUUGAAACUAGUUAUAAUAAUAAUAAUAAAAACCAUUUGCAUACCUAAUGUCUAUAUUUCCCGCCUACAUAGAAGACAAGGAACGUAUCCAUACUGAUACUAAAACGGAUGAUGAUUCUUCAACAAACACUACUAAAUGGUUGAUAAACAGCAGUUUUCCUUUGGAAACCGAUCGGCUAAAGUGUUUAGAAAAAGUUACGAUUUCGGGGUCCAGCAGCUCCUGUAGCACGGACAAUGAAACGGAAUUGUUGCCAGCAAAACGUUACAAAAAGCAUAAGAAGCACAAAAAGAAGAGCAAACGGAAGAAGCAUAAUGCAGAUUUCGAUAUGCAGAUAUCAAAACCUGCAUUAGAGUUCAAUGGUGAAGAAGAAUAUUAUAUAGAUAAAAAUAAGGCUAAGAUAUUUCUGUCAAUACGAACUUUGCACAAGCCGGCUUGCCCGCGCUAUCGCCGUUCUUUUGGCCAUGCUAUGGGAACCCUCCGUUGGAAUGAAUUACUUUCCGCAGGAACUACUUUAAAACUCAGAAAACGCUAUUUUCAAAAUAAGCUUACGACUUCGAGAAACCCAAUUUGUAAUGGUAUACUUCCUGCGUUAGAUGAAAAUGAAUAUACAUCACGACUUGGACAACUAAAUCGGAAAACAUUGGAACCAACGUGUGACCUACAAGUAUGGCUAGACUUAAUAUCAUUGCAAGAGCAAAAUCCUUACAAAUGGACUCGGCUGCUAUUAGCUGAAAGAAAAUUGGAUAUAAUUAAUCGUGCUUUAUUAUCUUUCCCACGCAAUGAACAGUUAUACAGAAUAUACAUUGAUAUAAUAAAUGUUACGUAUCCAUCUUUUGAAGUAACAAAAAUGAUUGAUCGCCUACUAAUAAAAGAUCCUCAUAGUUACACAUUAUGGACGGCACAAAUAAUGACAACUCAGGGUUCCAUGGCUCGUUGUAUUGUACCAGAUGUAUUACGUAUUUAUGAACGUUGCAUGUCUAAAAUGCAUCGGGCUCAACAGAUCAAUAAAUCAGACGCCGCAACUAACUCAACUUCUGAUAAUAUAAUGCUAAAAUUAUUCAACAAUUGUGCACUUUUUCUACGUCAAGCAGGCUUAUAUGAGCUAUUUAUUGCAUUAUUAAAACUUGCACUCGAACUAAAUGUUUCAACUUCUGAUUUUAAAGCUUUUACGCCACUUGAAUCCGAUCAAAAUACGCUCAUUGAAUACGAAGAAAUUGUUUUACAGUCAGGAUUGCCAAUGAAUGAAAUAUGGCAACGCAUAGAAAAACUUCGUCAGAGUUUUAAUUUUUUACCGUGUCUCAAUUCUAGCAAUGAUCCACAACGAAUUGUAUUUAACGAAGAUAUAUGCCAUUAUAUUUAUCCGCUGGAAUUACGAGAAAAUUCAUUUUAUCUAAUGCUGUUAAUUUUACGAUUACUUAAACUGCCUUUUAUCCAAACUGAGGAAUUAGCAGAGAAGUUUACAGCCCAUUUGCAGCUUAUAGGCGACUCAGAUGCGAUUGAAGAUACACUAGCUGUUUGCUUACAAAGAAAUUUUGCAAUCUCACAAAAUUUACAAAAUGAAUUUCAAAAAGGCCUCUAUACGCUAGCUAAAGAAAUGGCAGUAAACCCAACAUUUUUAGGUAACAUCAUUGGGCACGACAUCUAUAACCGCUGUGUUAGUGAUUUGCUGAUGGACUUCGCUGCAUCAUAUACAAACAUUGAUAAUAGAAAACGUGAACUCUUCAUUGUACUCUGGUGUCGGUUUAAGCGUUUACUGUUAGUACUGGAGCGUUGUAGUUCAAAAAUUAAUGCUGAAUAUAUAAAAGCUGGUCGAAAACUUUUUAAAAAUUUACUUAAACACCCGCUUAAUCGUAACGUACUAAUUUUUUAUACGGAAUUCGCUAUAUACGAAUAUGAGUCGCUGGAAAACCCAAAGGAUGAUAUGAGUUCAGUUGCGAGUAUAUUUGAAAACUUAAUUUCCUCCCAUUCCGCAGACGAAACUCAAGCUUCUGACUUAUGUUAUACCUAUGUAACUUUUGCAGAAAUGCUUAUAGGAUGCGAUAAGCCUACGGAAGCCUUACAAGUUUUGAUAUCAUUUGCCUUAAAUAGCGAAGUUGUGACUUAUUGUAAAAUUGGAGAUGGUAAAAAACUUGCCGCACUUCAGAAAGUCAUAGAUAAACUGGAUCGGCAAAUCGCCAUCGAAAAAAAUGUAGAAGUGAUUGUAUUAGAACAAUAUUUGUUACCUGAUUACACUAUAUCUUUGAUAAAAGUACGAAUGUUGAUCCAAUGCCUUAUAGGGAAAAAGACAGAAGCAAUAGAAUAUUUGGAUAAAUUACUACAUAUAUUUCGUAACAACAACGAUAGACACCGUUUUCUGCGUGAACAAAUUAUGGAAAUAUAUAUUGGUGUACUCCAAAUCGCCCGUUCAACAUGUAAAAUUCCAAAUGGUCUACUUCGUGAUAAAAUUUUUAACACCCUUGCAGAAUUUCCGCGCAAUUUAUACCUGUUACAACACUGUGGCAUGUUAAGCUCGGAACCUUGGUUUCGUAUACGCACAGCAAUUCUACGUACUAAACCAACGAUAUUGGCGGUGACGUUCUUAAUUGUUUUAGCACGUUAUAAGUUUUUUCAAAUGAAUUCUGACGAGGAAUGGGAUAAGCGACACAAUGCGUUAAUAAUUCGCAACCGUAUUCUACAUAUAUUUAAAACACUGACUAGUGAUCACGUAACUGAGGUUUCUGGAAGGAAUGCCCUAUUAAGGAAUGCUCUAUUUUGGCGCUUAUAUAUUCGCUUUUUAUCAGAUCAAUGUACAGAUUUUGAAACAAGUAAAAAGUGUUUACUGACUGCAUUGGAUGAAUGUCCAUGGAAUAAGGCUCUUUAUUUGGAUGGAGCGACACAUGUACCCCAAGAGUUGUCACAUUUGCAGGACUUGAUUAUUGAAAAGCAAUUGCGAAUUUAUGCACUUCCCGAGGAGCUAGAAAUUUUGCGUGAACAAUAAAAGUCCUAUUAUCGGAAAAUUUACAUGUAAUUUUAUUUAAUAAACGUACUAUUUAAUGCUUAAAUAAGCUUUAAGAUAGUUGCACCGAAGGUGCGAAAAAAUA